GAGGAAGAGGCUGAUGGCGGCGGCGGAGCUCCGAGAGACCUCGGCUGGGCAGGGGCCGGCCGUGGCGGGCCGGGGACUGCGCCUCUAGAGCCGCGAGUUCUCCGGAAUUCGCCGCAGCGGACGCGCUCGGCGGAUUUGUGUUCCUGUGCCCUCCUCCGGGCUUGGGCCCAGGCCCGGCCCCUCGCACUUGCCCCUACCUUUUCUAUCGAGUCCGCAUCCCUCUCCAGCCGCCGCGACCCGGCGAAGAGAAAAAGGAACUUCCCCCACCCCCUCGGGUGCCGGCGGAGCCCCCAGGCCCAGCCCUGGGAGCGGGGCGGGGACCCCGGGCCGAAGAAGAGAUUUCCUGAGGAUUCUCGUUUUCCUCGCUUGUAUCUCCGAAAGAAUUAAAAAUGGCCGAGAAUGUGGUGGAACCGGGGCCGCCUUCAGCCAAGCGGCCUAAACUCUCAUCUCCGGCCCUCUCGGCGUCGGCCAGCGAUGGCACAGAUUUCGGCUCUUUAUUUGACUUGGAGCACGACUUACCAGAUGAAUUAAUCAACUCUACAGAAUUGGGACUAACCAAUGGUGGUGAUAUUAGUCAGCUUCAGACAAGUCUUGGCAUAGUACAAGAUGCAGCCUCUAAACAUAAGCAGCUAUCAGAAUUGCUACGAUCUGGUAGUUCCCCUAACCUCAAUAUGGGGGUUGGUGGCCCAGGUCAAGUCAUGGCCAGCCAGGCCCAACAGAACAGUCCUGGAUUAGGUUUGAUAAAUAGCAUGGUCAAAAGCCCAAUGACACAGACAGGCUUGACUUCUCCCAACAUGGGGAUGGGCACUAGUGGACCAAAUCAGGGUCCCACACAGUCCUCAACAGGUAUGAUGAACAGUCCAGUAAAUCAGCCUGCCAUGGGAAUGAACACAGGGAUGAAUGCUGGCAUGAAUCCUGGAAUGUUGGCCACAGGCAAUGGACAGGGUAUAAUGCCUAAUCAAGUCAUGAACGGUUCAAUUGGAGCAGGCCGGGGGCGGCCGAAUAUGCAGUACGCAAACCCGGGUAUGGGAAAUGCUGGCAACUUACUGACUGAGCCAUUGCAGCAGGGCUCUCCCCAGAUGGGAGGACAAACAGGAUUGAGAGGCCCCCAGCCUCUUAAGGUGGGGGCUUCUGAUUAUACUUGCCUACAAGUCUUGUGUGAGGAUGUUGUAACAUGA